GCUCUGAAGUUGUCGUCUUUGGGCGCAAAUGUAGUCAUCACUGGAAGGGAUGACCAGAGAAUCCAAUCUGUGGUCAAAAAGUGUGAAUCACUUUCCAAACAGAAGGCACUGGGAGUUAGGUCUGACUUAAUGGUCGACAAUGAAGUCAAGGAUUUGGUACAAAAAACUAUCGCAGAGUUUGGAAAAAUAAAUAUUCUCGUGAAUAACGCUGGUGUGGGCUGUGUCACCAAAUUUGAAGACCCGGGAUAUUUAGAUUCAUUUGAUACAGUGAUGAACACUAAUGUCCGGAGUAUUCAAGUAUUGACUCAAUUAGUGGUUCCAUAUCUCGAGUCAACCAAAGGAAACAUUAUUAACAUCUCGAGUAUCGCCGGACUUAGACCCAACCCGGACACAAUGGCUUACUGUAUGGCUAAAAGUGCCCUGGACAUGUUUACAAAGUGUUUGGCACUACAUUUGGGGCCCAGAGGCAUUCGUGUGAAUAGCGUCAAUCCCGCUGCCAUCCGGACCCCUAUAUUCAAUCUGUGCACCAAAAAUGAGCAAAUGUUGGAUUUCGUGGAAAAUCUCUGCAAAACCACUUAUCCCUUGAGACGUAUCGGUGAACCGGAAGACGUGGCAGAAUUGGUGGCAUACCUGGCCUCUGAUGUGUCCUCCUUCGUGACGGGAACUCUCAUUCCCAUCGAUGGCGGGAGUGUCCACUCCGGAGAAUCUAAUAUUAAUCCCAAUCUUAUCAAAUAAUAAUCCCUUU